AUGCGUAUAGUCACAGUUGGCAAGAUUGAAGCAGGUGGGUGGAACCAUGGUCUGCAAUUCGUGGACCAUUGUUUUGUUUCGGCUAGUGGCGAAUCAAGUCAGCACAACGCGUCCUCAACCAGUGAGGCCCCGAUAUUAUAUAAGCACGAUGUGAGAACUGUCUACUACUUCAAGUCUCUCAACACCUACUCAUCAGAGAUGGAGAAGCUGGCGGAAGAAGCGGUUGCCGCGUGCAGUCCCAUCACUCCUAAUCGGGUUUCGUAUCCACAAUUUCAGGGUGUUGGUUUCAUUUACACUUUCUCAACUUCCGAGCAACCCACCUAUCACGAUUUGUUGUGCACAGUUGAUGGCAGCACAUACGGCUAUGCGGACGACACAUGUGGUUUUGGCUGCCGUGAUUACAAGCAGAAUCCAAUAAAGUACCCACUAGCACAAUUUCGCGUGUUCUCCCACCGUCUCAGUCAGUCCACAUUGCCUUACACACGUCCUCAACAUUUAUUCACAAGUGGCGUCUUGUUGCGUAGCUGGCUCGACUAUGCCCAUGUCACCAUUGACAACACCGAAUUCAUCCACGCUGAAGUGUACUCGACAUGCACUAUUCUCGUUGCUGCGACCUCGAGGACUCGCUAG